GGAAGUCCAUAGGUUACAUUAUUUUCAGAAAGUGAAUGAUUUAAAUUUAAAGUUAACUUCAAAGCGAUUAUGCUGUGAUCUGUUGCAUGAAUUCUUACAUUUUUAAUGCUGACCUUGUAGGAGUUUUCUAAAACAAUUUGGUGUAUGAAUGAAGCUCGAUCUCUCAGUCCCGCAGUUCCUGUGCACAGCUAGAAUGACCUCAUGGCUAAGAAGCUCCUGAUUACAUAUGCCUUGUGGGCCAUGGGUGGCCCACUUGGCCUUCAUCACAUUUACCUGGGCAGAGACAGCCAUGCCCUUCUUUGGAUACUGACCUUUGGUGGUUUUGGCAUCGGCUGGGCAAGAGAGUUCUUCCGUAUCCCAUCGUAUGUGAGCGAGGCCAACCAUGAAGCAGAGAGAGCCCAAGUUAGACAUCCACGUGCCACUCCACCACCACCAGUAGGCCUGAUUCGGUUUGCUGGUCAGAUUUGUGUUGGUAUUUACUUUGGCUCGGUGGCUUUAAUAAGCCUCAGUUCUCUUAGCUUCUUCUACUUCCUAGUGCUGCCACUGAGCGUAGGUGCUGGUGUGCAUCUGGUGUCCUCUGUGGGCCAGCAGACUUCUGACCUUCAAAAGACCCUCAUAACGUGCAUCGUCACGUCAUCCAUCUUCUUCGGCAGCAAUCUCUCUCCUCUGCCCAUCAGCAUAGCUGCUAGUGUUACCGCUGCGCAGCACAACACGUUCAAACCUCUGAGGCCAGAGCCACUGGGGCCUCGUCUGUAUCGUCUAAGUUUAGGUGUGCUGGCUUUCUCCGCUCCGCUGGGAUACUGUGUUUUCCACAACACCACUGCCACAUUGUACUACAUAUCGGACUGUAUAGCGGCCCUGCUUGAUUUCUUCUGGUUCCUUCCAUGGCUCAAAGGACUCCUGGAAUAUUUUCUGCUGUUGCCAUAUCGUCUGCUAUGUGUCCUGACAGGAGGGGGUUUCUACGAGGAAAGCUGGAGGAAGAUGCUGGAAAUAAUUCUUAAUGAGUAUAGUAAAAAAGAAAUGGAGGCGCUGAAGAUACUAUCAUUGCCAGAAGAGGCUUCUCUGGAGGAGGUCACUCGCAGCUACAGGGAACUGGCUAAAGUGUGGCAUCCAGAUCACAACCCCAAGCGGCAAGCAGAGGCACAGAAGAUGUUUAUUCAGAUCCAGGAGGCAUAUGAGAUACUUCUCGACAGGCAUAAGACAAGACGGAAAAAAUGAUCUUCUGAGGAAGAGGUCAUAUACAUUUUAGAAGGCUCAGAUUUUUUCAUAAAGUCAAUCUGGUGUAAUAAACGUGAAACUUUCUAAACUAAA